AUGACUAAUAGAAGAGUUAGUGUGAAUUUGCCUGUAGAAUACCAAUAUUCAGCUGUUUUUAUAGGCGGAAUAUAUUUAGUUAGUUACAAUAAGGUUGUUAGAUACUCUAGUUUAUCAGAUACGCUUGAAUCAUUUGAAAUCAACGAUGUUCUUAAGUUGGGUGAAAAUCCAAAUGUUCUAGCUGAUGAAAAUGGCGAGUAUCUACUGUUCGGAUUCAAGAAGAGACAAAUCAUUAUACCCAGACAUACUCAAGAAAGACUAGAAGUACGUUUAGAUUCAACUCCACUAGCCACUUACAUAGAUAAAGGCAAACUAGUUAAUCUAUUCAAUCAAGGUCUGACUGUCUACUCAUUACUUGAUCUUAGUCGUAAGAUAGACAGACCAAGAGUCUUUACUUUUAAAAGCGAUAAGCGAUUGAGUUUUUGUCAGUUGAAUAAGUUAAGUCUUCUAGAUAAUCGUUUAGUCUUAUCAGGAGAUAUGAUGCUAGAAUUAACUCCCAGUAAUAUUCUUGAAACAGAUAGUACUAGUAAUACUAAGCUGUUAUUUGCUGAAGCUACAAUUACUUACUCACGAACGACUUUAGCUAUUAAAGGACCAGUCCUAAUGAAACCAGAACCACUUACCUUUAUUGGGGAAGAGAUUAGCCAAGAAGUCUUUACUACCUGGGGACUAGUUGUGGUUUAUCAUACUGGCUUAGAAGUUUAUCGUGCUCAGGAUAGUGAGUACCAUUUAGUGUAUGUUUAUAAGACAAAAGGUCGAGUUGUACCUUUAAGACCUAGUUUAUUCGCUGUUAAGCACGUCUUCCUUCAAGAUACAACUCAACUCAUUGAACUACAACAAGAUGGGCCAUUUAUUAUAAGUUCAGUAACUGCUACGGAAGAAGUACUUAGUUUAGGUGAGCAUUUACUUGUUCUGGGCCCGCAACCACAAGUUUUAUCUACUACUGCCCCAGUUACUCCUCUAGUUAUACCCGAUCGGCCUUUACCCGUACCAGCCGAAGAAACAGGUAUACGUUCCGGUCUAAUUACAGCUGCUGAUAAUAUCUUAGCCACUCUAAGGAAGUACCAAACUUUAGAUCUGGCUAUAAUUAACGGUCGUCCUAAAGAAGAACAAAAGCUACUCUUAGAAAAGAUCCUUAAUACCUUCAAAGCCGAUGUCACUAAUAAGUCAUUAAUUCUAGCCCUUUCCCUCCAAGAGAAAAUCAGUUAUCUUCAAGAUACAGCAACGGAAAUCUACACUCUCUCCCAGGCAAUUAACAACCAAACCCAAAAAACAGAUAAUACUCGUCAAAAGAUCAUCACACGAAUCGCAACUCUUAUCUCUCAAAUCAAAGAAACUCGUACUCAACUCACUCCCCAAACUUCGCAUCCAGCCGUUGAAGAACUCCGUACGCGUAUUACAGCUCUCAAACAGCAAGUCGACCAAGAAUCCACCCGCCUACAAAGAGAAAGAUCCCAAAUCAUCGGGCAACUCCAUCUUCUCAAGCAACAGAACGCAUUCCUUCGUCGUAAGAUUGCCGAUCUAGACACUGCCGAGUAA